AUGUCGCUCACCAACUGUCGCUUCUACGAGGAGAAGUUUCCGGAGAUUGAUAGCUUUGUCAUGGUCACCGUCAAGCAGAUUGCGGAGAUGGGCGCAUAUGUCAAGCUUCUCGAGUACGAUAACAUUGAUGGCAUGAUCCUACUGUCCGAACUGUCCAGACGACGUAUCAGAAGUAUACAAAAGCUUAUCCGAGUCGGACGCAACGAGGUCGUCGUCGUUCUGCGAGUAGACAAGGAGAAAGGUUAUAUUGAUCUUUCGAAACGUCGAGUGUCGCCCGAGGAUGUCGGAAAGUGCGAAGAACGGUAUAACAAGAGCAAGUCGGUACAUUCGAUUAUGCGUCACGUUGCCGAGAAGACAAAGACCCCCAUCGAAGAGCUCUACCAGCAGAUUGGAUGGCCCCUGAAUAAGAAAUACGGACAUGCUAACGAUGCCUUCAAGCUUUCUAUCACUAACCCUGCCGUAUGGGAAGACGUUACCUUCCCGAGCGCCGUUGUCAAGGACGAACUCAUCUCGCACAUCAACAAGAGGCUUACCCCUCCACCAACCAAAGUCCGUGCCGAUAUCGAAGUGACCUGCUUUGGAUACGACGGCAUUGACGCCGUGAAGGACGCCCUCCGUGCUGCCGAAGCCGUCAGCCCACAGGUGAAGGUCAAGCUGGUGGCGCCCCCGCUAUACGUCCUGACGAACCACUGCCUAGACAAAACCCAGGGAGUCAAGCUGCUGGAGGAGGCGAUUGAGAAGGUCCAGGAGAAGAUAAAGUCCACCGGAGGCUCCUGCGUCAUCCAGAUGGCACCCAAGGCAGUCACUGAGCAAGACGAUGCCGACCUGCAAGCUCUUAUGGAGAAGAGGGAGCGUGAGAACCAGGAGGUCAGCGGUGACGAGAGUUUCAGCGAGAGCGACGAGGGCGUUGUCGAGUAG